GAAGGUGUGAGGCGCUGGGCUCCGGGGGAGGGGGCUUUCGGCUGUUCCCGGGGCUGAUGGGGAUCGCUGUAUCUUGACAGUUUCUCCCAGAAAGCCCCUCGCCCCCCGGCGGACCGUUAGCCGGCGAGCGCGAGCUGUUAGCGCAUGCGCUGCGUGAACCCCCAUUUGAACAGGCGGCGGGUUCGAAACGGCUGACUGUCCUGUCAUGUAAAUGAGUUGAUAACUUAUUUGACUGCAAUUGAAUGUUGAGCAAGAUCUGUUUUUCUACAAUGAUGCCCUCAAACAAAUUUGUCCUUAAGUGUGGGAACUUUGCAGUUCUGGUGGAUCUUCACAUUUUGCCUCGAGGAACAAGUAAAGACACCAGCUGGUUUACUGAACACCACAAGGAGGAGGUUAGUGCACUUGUAAAGGAAGAUGUUGAUUUUAGGAUAAAACAGUACCUUGAAAUGAGAAAACAGCGUGGUAACGUGCAAUCUAAACUAAACAAAGAAUUGACACCCAGUAACCCGCUGUGUCGUAAAGGUCAAACUUUUCGUCUUGCUGCUUACUUUAUGAAGAGACAUAUGAACUUGAGAUGUGUCACACAGCAGAACUAUUGUGGACUUUACAUAUUCCCUGAACGUUUUGUGGUUUGUAUAACUCCAUGUGAAACUGGUCCAAAAAAAGGAAUUGCUGAGGAACAGAUUACUGGUAUUGAGAAUGGAACCUCCGAAUACUUCACUGGUGGUUCAGAAAUGAAAGAACUUUGCGAUGUCUCUAUUUCAAUACAGAAGAAGAAAGAAGCUUUGAAACACAUUGUUGAAAAGUCUUGUCACACGAAAAUCAGAAAUUUCAACAAAUCUGAAGCUAACACUUGCUUGCCAAAAGUAUUGCACACUGUAACAGAAGAUGAGCAGGAUGUAGCCCAAUCUGCUACAGGUUUCAAGCAUGAGAUUCAGGAUAUAAAUAUUGGAAGAACAGAAGAUUGUAUGAACUCAGUUCAAAGCAAGUUAUUACUUCCUGUCAUAAAAUUGGAAAAAUAUAUUAACAAGAGACAGCCAGCUCAAGAGAACUGCCAACAACAACCUCGAUCUAUUGAACAGCUGAAGACAGGUUUGAAAGGCACAGUGGGCGGUAAUGAGUCAGCACUGCAGGAUCCUAAACAAAGUGAAGUAAACACAAAAAUACCAAUGCAGCGAAGGAAAGACUCCUGUUCAAAUGAAGCAGAUAGUGCCAAGAAGAUUGUUUUAACAGAGACUUCAGCAAACCUCUGUGAGAUUACAAUGGAAGUGAAUUCUCUCGAGUCUUUAGGAAAACCACCUGUGAGAAAAAAGCUUUUAAAUCAUAAUUCGAAUCGUAAAAGGUCAGUCAAAGGUAAACCCAACAGACUUGAACCCUCAAAAGAAAUUGGAGGUGAGCCAUUGUUUUCAUUAGGCAAUUCUCCCCAAGACUUUUGCUUCACGGAUAAACAUAAAAAGAGAAGAUUAACAACAAGAACCAAACAGAUUAGAAAGUCAGAGAACGCGCCUUCAAGUCCUUCUGACUGGAAAUCUGUGAAAUCAGCAAAAGGUACAGCAUCGGUAGAAGUUGAAUCUGAUGUAGAAAAUGUGCCAAGAAAAUCUAGACUUCGAAGACCUAAAAAGACUGGAACUGCCAGGAAUUAGGUUGUCAUGUGACAGUCAUUAAUUGCCAUUGGAGUGUUUGGAUAAAUGAGGUCAUUUUAUAAAAACACAUCACUUUUAAAAUAAUUAAGAUGCCAGUGGCUUUGCAUGUUCUUGGCUCAGACUUGUAAUUUAAUAUUAAAUUCAUUACAAAUGGAUAGCUUGUCUUUUAAUUUUAAUACAUUUCUCUCUUUAUAAUCUU